AGCCUUCCAUUGUACUAUUUCGGCUAUGGGCAAACGAGUUUAGGGAAGGCAUAUACGAGUGGAGUGGAAUGCAAAAUAUCAAAGCCACAGUUUGAUCAGCAGUUCAUUGACUCAAGGAAACCUCGAGUAGUAUCCAAGAUUCUGCCCACAACUGCAAAUGCAAGGAAUAUCAAAAUAAUCCCGAGGAUAGUCGAACAUUGCAUAAAGAAAAGACUCCAAUGGAACACUUGCUUUGCUUGCAAGAUAUGUAAAGAAAGUGAAUAUUACGAAGAUAUGAUGCGGUAUUUGCGAAAGAAUUUAGCGCUAUUUCCCUAUCACCUUGCAGAGUAUGUUUGCCGUGUAAUGAGGAUAUCACCUUUCAGAUACUAUUGUGAUAUGAUUUUUGAGAAGAUCAUGUGGAAGCUGAACAAGUCAAUUGCAAAAGAACUUUUACCUACACAGCCAGUUGAUUUUGCAAUUGAACCAUGGUGGGGAGUUUGUCUCGUCAACUUUACAUUGGAAGAAUUUAAGAGACUAUCGGAAGAAGAAAUGGCAACAAUGGAUAAGGUAUGCAAGGAGGAGGCAAAUUCUUAUAUCCUAUUUGUUCCCGACAUAAUUAAGGGUCUCUAUCGGUGGGGAUUGAUAUCGAGGGAUUUGUUUCCAACAGGGAGCAGUCAUAUGAAGAUCCUAUUGAGGAGUUGCUAUAUGCAGUAUUUGUUGUUUCAAGUGAGAAUUCAACUGUUGCUGAGCUCACAGCAACUUUACAGGCUGACCUUUCAUAGCUGCAGGCCGCUGCAUCUUUUGCAUGUCGAUUGGGAUGGGCAGUAAAAGUAAUUGAUCCAGCGUCUAUUCUUCAAGACACAAGCGUGGGAUCUCUUGCACCUGCAACUUUAGAACGGUUGUUUCUUCGUGAUUAUGAUAUUGUUGUAGCAGAAAAGCAGGCCUAGCAAAUGUUAUCUGAGCGCCGGCGAAUUGAAGCACCAUCUACUCCAGCAACAGAGAACAGCAUGCCUCCACCACCAUCAUAUGAAGAGGUCAGCGGUCUCUUUGCUUCCGAAAUCUAUGAUGGAUCAACAGACAAUGUGGAUUAUUUCUUGGGAGAGGUUGUGAAUUCAUUCAAAGCUGUAACUGAUGUGGAGUUUAGUUUGUCUAUUGGUGAUUAUGUCAUUGUCCGGAAGGUCUCAAGCAGUGGUUGGGCUGAAGGUGAAUGUAAGGGAAAAGCCGGUUGGUUCCCAUUUAACUAUGUGGAAAGGCGAGAACGUGUGCUUGCGACCAAGGUGGCUGAAGUCUUCUGAGGUUACCCAGUGGUGGAGCUUUUCUUACCUUUGUUUUUAUCAGAAAUUUUCAUCUCUUCUAUUGGUUUAACAGUGGAGAUGACUUUUUUGUGGAAGCAUUUUGUCAAGAUGGAAGGAUUUACUUCACCAUUGCACUUAGACAUUUUGGAGAUGACUUCUCUGUUUUCUUUACUUGUUUUGAAUGUUCAGGUUUUGGACACUGUAUGAAUUAUGUUGUAGACGUAAUUUUA